AAUACAUCAACUCUCCAAGUGCAUGGUUCGAAUUAUUCAGCACUUCUGUCCCCAGUGCGUUGAUGAGGCACAGUUAGAGUUGUCUUCAGGAUCGCAAUCGUCUAUAUGACUCUCUGAACAUGCAUUCGCUUGAAAAUUCGCUUAUUGACAUAAUGAGAGCUGAACAUGAUCCACUGAAAGGUCGUUUAGGAUAUCCACAUCCAGGAACUGACAAUUUUCUAAUGAUCAAUGCAAGAAGUUAUGGGCGAAGACGAGGCCGCUCCUCGUUGUUCCCCAUAGAAGAUGGUUUUCUUGAUGAUGGACAUGGUGAUCAGACAGUCCCUGGGGUUCUGAAUUCUGUUAAUUGCUGCUCCUCUCACCAGAAUGGGGAACGAAUUGAACGAUACUCACGUAAAGUAUUUGUUGGUGGCCUUCCCCCAGAUAUCGAUGAAGAUGAAAUUACUGCCAGUUUUCGUCGUUUCGGACCCUUGGUUGUUGAUUGGCCUCACAAGGCUGAAAGCAAAUCUUAUUUUCCACCAAAAGGUUAUGCAUUUCUUCUGUUUCAGGAGGAGAGUUCUGUCCAGGCUCUGAUUGAUGCUUGUAUCGAAGAAGAUGGAAAACUCUACCUUUGUGUUUCAAGUCCCACUAUCAAGGACAAACCAGUCCAGAUCCGACCAUGGAAUCUAAGUGACAGUGACUUUGUAAUGGAUGGUUCACAGCCUCUUGAUCCACGCAAAACCAUUUUUGUAGGAGGGGUACCUCGCCCUCUGAGAGCUGUGGAGCUAGCUAUGAUUAUGGAUCGUCUUUAUGGUGGGGUAUGUUACGCAGGGAUUGAUACUGACCCAGAGUUGAAGUACCCUAAAGGUGCAGGGCGUGUAGCCUUUUCGAAUCAGCAGAGCUACAUAGCUGCCAUCAGUGCUCGAUUUGUUCAGCUACAGCAUGGAGAUAUUGAUAAACGGACAGUACAGAUCCAGUUUGCCCAAUCUCACUUCAUAGGACAGUGCUGCCAUCCUGCGAACAAGUCUGGGCAAGUCCGAAAGCCAGUAGAAUAA